AUGACGGCCCGGUCUGUGCGCUCUCUCUCCGGAGCUUUGAGGACCGCGUUCAACAGCCGGUUCACCACGGUGUACGGUCCAGCUACGUAUAGUCAAAGAUACAAGUCCACCUACUCUCCUCCACCUGCUCGAUAUGGAGGCAGACACACAGUGACUCUGAUUCCUGGAGAUGGCAUCGGACCCGAGCUGGCACACCAUGUCCGUGAACUGUUCAGGUUCUGCUGUGUGCCGGUGGACUUUGAGGUUGUCAACGUGGACUCAACUAUGACCGCAGAGAAUGACAUCAAUGACGCCAUAAUGGCGAUCAGACGCAAUGGAGUCGCACUGAAAGGAAACAUUGAGACCAACCACAACCUGCCGCCUUCCUUCAAAUCCAGAAACAACUUGCUCCGCACCACUCUGGAUCUUUAUGCCAACGUGAUGCACUGCCAGUCUCUGCCGGGGGUGAGGACACGCCACCGAAACAUCGACAUCAUGAUCAUCAGGGAGAACACGGAGGGAGAGUACAGCAGCCUGGAGCACGAGAAUGUACCGGGGGUCGUUGAAUGUCUGAAGAUCAUCACCAGGACCAAAUCUCUGCGUAUAGCCGACUACGCCUUCAGGAAGGCUCGGGAGACAGGACGCAGUCGAGUCACAGCUGUGCACAAAGCUAACAUCAUGAAAUUGGCGGACGGCCUCUUCCUGGAGUGCUGUGAGGAGGUUGCCAGCGGUUACCCGGAUAUCACCUUCGACAGUAUGAUUGUGGACAACACCACCAUGCAGCUGGUCUCCAAGCCGCAGCAGUUUGACGUGAUGGUCAUGCCUAACCUUUACGGCAACGUUGUGAGCAACGUGUGUGCCGGGUUGGUCGGUGGUCCGGGUCUGGUGCCUGGAGCCAACUAUGGAGAGGACUACGCUGUGUUUGAGACGGGCACCAGGAACACCGGGAAGAGCAUCGCUAACCGCAACACAGCGAACCCCACAGCCAUGCUGCUGGCCUCCUGCCUGCUGCUGGAUCACCUGAAGCUCCACGCAUACGCCAGCAUGAUCCGCAGAGCCAUCAUGUCCACGCUCAGCGAGACCCGGCUGCACACCGCCGACCUCGGAGGCCAGGGCUCCACUUCUGAAGUGGUCCGCUCCAUCAUGAACGACAUCCAGAGCACGGGGCCUCUGACACUGAGCGUCUAG